UUCAGGAAGGGGCGUUCGAAGGCGACGGGACAAAAAUAAAGAGAUCCUACGAAUCUACGCCAUUUUGUUAUUUUAUAAAGGAAAUUCCCGUUGAAAAUCCGUGUAUUUCCGCGGCAUCUUUAAGUAAUUUAAACGGAUUUUCCGCGGAAUGUGUCUGUGAUUAUUGAAUCUGGCUGUUUAGGGCGGUAUUUUUAGGUGAUAUGCAAUAGUUUACCGAUUAUUUUUGUUGUUGGAAUAAGUACCUAAUAAGAGACUAACUAGACUAGAGGAACAAUUAUUAAUCAAGAUGAGUUCUAAGGAUGACGAAUACGACUAUUUGUUCAAAGUGGUCCUGAUUGGAGACUCGGGAGUAGGAAAAAGUAACUUGCUGUCCAGAUUUACUAGGAACGAAUUCAAUUUAGAGUCCAAAUCGACCAUAGGAGUGGAAUUCGCGACCAGGAGCAUACAGGUCGAUGGCAAAACUAUCAAAGCCCAAAUUUGGGACACCGCCGGUCAAGAAAGAUAUAGAGCAAUUACCGCAGCUUAUUAUAGAGGUGCAGUGGGAGCAUUGUUAGUUUAUGAUAUUGCCAAGCAUCUUACUUAUGAGAAUGUCGAAAGAUGGUUACGUGAAUUGAGGGACCACGCCGAUCAGAAUAUUGUGAUAAUGUUGGUAGGAAAUAAAUCGGAUUUGAGACACCUGAGGGCCGUGCUCACCGAGGAGGCCAAAGCCUUCGCCGAGCGACACGGACUCAGUUUCAUUGAAACCUCAGCUCUCGACUCAACCAAUGUCGAUUUGGCUUUUCAGAAUAUACUCACAGAAAUCUACAGGAUUGUAUCCCAAAAACAAAUCAGAGAUCCGCCGGAGGGCGACACCAUCCGCCCACAAAACGUAGAGCCGAUCGACGUGAAACCCACCAUGAGCUCCGACAGUGUACGCAAACAGUGUUGCCAGUAGUCAAUGUGUUUUUAGCAAUAUAUUUACGUACUUUACAUAAUACAAAAGAAAAAAACCACCCGAUUUUCAAGUAGAAGGGAACUUUAAAAACUACGAUGCGCCGGCCUUGCACUGUGCAACUUAGCCCUUGUUACUAUUAUUAUUAUUAUUAUGAUUAUUAUUAAAAAAAAAAAUAAAAUGACUUUAACCCAAUCCGGUAUAGGCUAUUUUACACUUCAAUUUUUUCGUGUGAACAGGUUAUAUAAAUAUAUAAAGAAAUCUAGUACCUAUUAUGGUUAUAUAAAGGUAUAUUAUAUGGAAAUACAUGCUUGAAGCAUUGUGAUUACGAUAUGUAGUAUAAUUUUAAUGGUGCAUAUUUAUUAUAUGAAUUUAGCCUAGCGUACGUUCGUUUUGUUAUGUUAUAUUCUGGAAUUUGUAAAUUUUCUGAACAAUUUUUUUUUUAAGUAGGUGUUACUGUUAUAUAAUAUAAUUUUUACAGGCGUUAAUAUACAGGGUGUCAUCUUACGGUUGUUUUAUGAACAAUCUGUAUGUUUCAAAAGUAAUAAAACCCCCUGUAUCUUAAGCCCUUUUUGCCCCCCUUCCGGAGAUUUACUAUUAAUUAGCCAAAUAACUACUUAAUUUAAAGCCUCCUUCACACGCUUUUCAAUGUUCGUAAACGAAAAAAAAACAAACCGUAUAGUAGAUUGUACAAUGAAAUUUUUCUCUCUGGAUCUUAGAAAUUAUAUUUUAUGUUCAAAUAUUAUCGUAUCAAGCUUUGUAAUAUAUAGGGCCUUAUAUUACCUAAAUUAUUAUAAAUUUAAUUUUUAAAUAAAAAGAAAAACGUGUAACUCAA